AUGGGAUCAAGAAGAUGGCAAAAAAAGGUGGCGAGACAAGUACCUCCGGUGAGUGUGGGGAGGGAGAUGGUGGCACCAAUGCCAUCCCUCAGGCUCUUGAGGACCAAUUACUGCAUUUGGUCAAUGAGCAUGGAGGUAUAUCUUGACUCUCACGAUUUAUGGCAGGCCAUUGUGGGAGAGAAUGUCUCCAAGAAGAAGGAUCAGCUGGCACUGUCAGCAAUCCUCAAUGUGGUACCGGAAGACAUGAUGACAGUUCUUGAUGCCAAGAAGUCGGCAAAAGAGAACUAG